AUAAGAAAAUUAAAAAUGAAGAUCGUGCCGGAGCGUUUAGAGAAACUGCAAGCUUUUGUUUGCUCCAGAAUGCAGCAGGUGCCGGCUCAUGCCUUGCCGACUGGCGUGCGUAAGGGCUGCUUACCUUUGGGAUUACCGCAGCCGUUGUUGUUGGAGGAGAAGAAAUUCCUGUUGGCGGUGGAGCGCGGUGAUAUCGGCAAUGUACGCAGAAUUCUGCAGAAGGCUCAUCGCAAGCGCCACAUCAAUAUCAAUUGUAUGGAUCCGUUGGGCCGGCGCGCGCUCACACUGGCGAUUGACAAUGAGAACCUCGAAAUGGUUGAAUUGUUAGUGAUUAUGGGCGUGGAGACGAAGGAUGCCUUGCUGCAUGCCAUUAAUGCGGAAUUCGUUGAGGCUGUCGAGCUGUUGCUCGAGCAUGAGGAACUCAUCUACAAGGAGGGUGAACCAUAUAGUUGGCAAAAAGUCGAUUUAAAUACAGCUGUGUUUCCGCCCGACAUCACACCGCUGAUACUGGCUGCUCAUAAGAACAAUUUUGAGAUUUUAAAAAUUUUGUUGGAUCGUGGCGCUGCCGUGCCGGUGCCACAUGAUAUACGCUGCGGCUGUGAUGAGUGCGUACGUUUGUCCAACGAAGAUUCGCUGCGUCAUUCUUUGUCACGUGUCAAUAUUUAUAAGGCUUUGGCGAGUCCAUCACUCAUUUGCCUCACCUCCAGUGAUCCAUUACUCACGGCAUUCCAACUUUCAUGGGAAUUGCGAAAUUUAGCUUUUACGGAACAGGAAUGCAAAGCCGAGUAUAUGGAGUUGCGUCGUCAGUGCCAAAAAUUCGCUGUUGAUCUGCUGGAUCAAACACGUACCUCGAAUGAGCUGGCCAUUAUACUCAACUAUGAUCCCCAGAUAUCUACAUAUGAGCCUGGUGAUCGCAUGAGCUUGAAUCGUUUAGAACAAGCCAUUAUGUAUAAGCAAAAGAAGUUUGUUGCCCACUCGAAUAUCCAGCAAUUGCUCUCCGCCAUUUGGUACGAUGGCUUGCCCGGUUUUAGGCGUAAAACGGUGCUCGAAAAGUUCUGGUGCAUCGUACAAGUGGCUGUGCUCUUUCCCGUCUAUUGUAUGGUCUACAUGUUUGCGCCUAACUGUCGUACCGGUAUUUUGAUGCGUAAACCGUUCAUGAAGUUUCUCAUACACGCCUCGUCCUAUCUGUUCUUCCUGUUCAUACUAAUCCUGGUGUCGCAACGUGCCGACGACGAUGUCAUCCGUCUUUUCGGCACCGAACGCAUGCGGCAAACGUUGGCCGAAGAACAGCUGCGUCAGCGUGGCAAAGCACCGACUAAGCUGGAGCUGUUGGUCGUCUUCUAUGUGUUCGGCUUCAUGUGGGAGGAGGUGCAGGAGAUAUUUACGGUGGGCAUGAAGAGCUACUUGCGGAAUAUGUGGAACUUCAUUGAUUUUCUGCGCAACAGUUUGUACGUGAGCGUCAUGUGUUUGAGAAUCCUCGCCUACAUACAGCAAACCAGCGAAAUCCGCCACGAUCCGAAAAUGGCCUACGUGCCACGCGAAAAAUGGGACGACUACGAUCCACAGCUGAUCGCUGAGGGUCUACUAGCCGCCGCUAAUGUAUUCUCAGCACUCAAACUGGUACAUCUAUUCUCGAUCAAUCCGCACUUGGGUCCGCUGCAGAUCUCACUCGGACGCAUGGUUAUUGAUAUUGUGAAAUUCUUCUUCAUCUACUCUUUGGUGCUGUUCGCCUUCGCUUGUGGCCUCAAUCAAUUGCUGUGGUAUUUCGCUGAUUUAGAGAAGAGUAAAUGUUAUAGCAUGCCAGAUGGUUCAGCCGACUGGGGUGGUAAUGGCGAUUCGUGCAUGAAGUGGCGACGCUUCGGAAACCUCUUCGAGUCAUCGCAAUCACUCUUCUGGGCCAGUUUCGGCAUGGUUGGCCUGUCCGAUUUCGAGCUGACCGGCAUUAAAUCAUACACACGCUUCUGGGGUCUGCUGAUGUUCGGCUCGUACAGCGUCAUCAAUGUGAUUGUAUUGUUGAAUCUACUCAUCGCGAUGAUGUCCAAUUCAUAUGCCAUGAUUGAUGAACACUCGGACACUGAGUGGAAGUUCGCACGCACCAAAUUGUGGAUGAGUUACUUUGAGGACAGCGCCACUUUGCCGCCACCCUUCAAUAUAAUGCCUUCGGCUAAGUGGCUAAUCAGAGUGUUUCGCAAAUCGAGCAAGGAGAUCGAUAAGAAGCGUUCAAAGAAACGUCAACUUAAGGAUCAGGAUAAUGCCUAUGACAAUAUAAUGCGCUCGUUGGUUUGGCGUUUCAUUUCGGCGGAGCAUCGCAAAUUCGAAGAGAAUCCCGUCACCGAGGAUGACAUUAAUGAGCUGAAAUGCGAGAUAUCGACAAUGCGCUAUGAGAUAUUGGAUGUGUUUGAGAAUAGCGGUUUGGAUUGCUCGAGCGCGAGCAAGCGUGAGAAACCGUCACGUGCCAAGCGCAACAAAGUGUGGGAGCGUCGUCUCAUGAAGGGCUUCCAGGUUGCGCCAGUGCAAGUCGUCUACGCCGAAGAUGCCAACUUCAAUGUGAAUGGCGAAGGCGAAAUCAACGAAAUCAAAAUCGAAAAGCCCUCGCGCGAUCCCAAUGAAACACCGCUCGAACGUUUCCGUCGUGUGGCACGCACUGUGGCCGCGCAAUCGGCAACACACAAAUGGACCGUGGUGCUGCGUGGUGUGACCAAGAAUUCACAGAUUGGACGCUGCAGCAACUAUCACGAUGCGGACAAUUUGCAACAUCUUGGCAAGGCGAUUGAAGAGGCGAAGCGCCUCAUCAUGCUCAGUCCCACCUUUUCACGUACAGGCAUUGAGUCGCCAAUACCGAUCGAGUUCGAGGAUGAGAAGACCUCAACACUACUAGAUUUGCUCAAUAAGAUAAGUGAAGAGAUCGAUGAUCACUAUGAUACACCACACGGCCGAACGGCUGAGAUGAAAAAGCGCGAAUUACUACGUGCCUUCCACCAACAACAAGCACCCAGCUAUAAAGAGCAAACAUUUUUGAAGCAAAACAAGCCGUCGAAAUUGCAACCAGCGGAGCAACCACCGCUGACACGUGCCAAGACCGCGCCGGAAAUAGAGCUCAAUAAGGCCGGCAAACCACCGGCUUAUAGCAAUAACAAGGUGAACAGCAAUAGCGGCAAGCAACCUAACAAGCCCACCAACGAAUUGUCACUCUCCGCCUCAUCUUUAGUCAAGCAGCAACAGUCCACGAAAGCGCCUGCACCAAAAGCGCAAGCACCUGGCAAAGCAAUUAGCGCGACUACUAGUGGACCCAGCGGUUCGUUGAAGAAAGCAACUGCACCACAAGCGCCACCUAGCUAUGUACACAGCAAUGUAAGCAAAAGCAGCGGCGCAAUUGAAAGAACCGGCAGUCGUCACACGCCAUUUUCUGUAGAGUUCGGUUACAAUGGACGUCGACCCGGCUACACUGGACCUACCGGUAAUACCAACUCCUUCGACAUCGAUGUGGUCGAUUUGGAUGAUAUGGAUACGGAUAGCGAACAGUACUUCCACACCAAUGCUGACAAUGUCUCCGACGUCAGUUCGGUGGUCAACGUUAGUCCUAUGCAGCUGGCCGGUGGCGCAAGGCCAAAGGAACAGCGUGCCGAGCUAACGCGCGGUUUUAGCAUCGAAAAUGAGAAGCAGCCGAAGACCACAAGACAGCAGUCGGCGGGUGGUAAUAAUAAUAGUGGUAGCGGUCAACGUGCGCCACCACCGCCGGUGGAUCGUAAUGGCAAGCAGUGGAUGUAAGCGUUAGCGUAUUUCGCUUCAAAUUGCUAUGAUAUUUGGCUGAAAUUUGUGAGAAAUCUUUAAAUAAAUAUAUAAAGGAAAUAAAUAACCGAAAACAACUCAAUUCAACACUUAAAAUACAACACCACCGCUGUGUCGUUGUCAACACUGAACAUUGUGUGCCUUCUUCCGCAUUAGAUAGCUAAGAACGAUGAUACUCUCAGCCGUGCAGUUGAAUUUUAUGAAGUGAAACUUGCUGUUGCAAUUAAAAGCAAAUGUUUGUUAACAAAAUGCAAUAAUAAAUUGUUAUUUAAAUAUCAAGAAAACAAUAAA